GACCACCAAUGAAAUUACUCCAUAUUGAUAUCAAGGACUGGACAUCAAAUUAUCCGACACACAUUAAUCCUUGAGGUCAGGAUUCUCGCCACCAAACUGCACGCUAUCCAAUACCGCACACUAUUAUCUGUCAUACAAAACUAAACAAACAAUAAAAUUCACUGAAAGUGUUGAUUUUUUAAUCCAUGGAUGGAAUUCAGCAAAUGGGUCUUCCCAUACUGGGAAUUGUUGCAGUUGCUGCUCUUACUUUCUAUGCUGUCAGCUUUAAUGAGAUCCGAGAGAAAUCGUUUAGAGAUUUAGAGGAGAGAGAAGAAUCCAUGAAUGGAGGAUUCAAGUCGUCUAUGAGCUCUAGAGAGAGAAGGGCUCGAAGGAAGGCUGAAAAACAAGCUAAAUCUUGAUUCUAAAUUUGGUUUUAGCAUUUACUAUAAUUAAUAUUGUAAAAUGUUUGUGAUGAAUUUCAAGAUGUUUAUUUGAAAUACAAAGUGAUGGAUCCUGGUUGAACAAGUCAAGGUAUAAGGAUAAAUAAAAAUGAACAAGAAUUCUUGUAAUUGUUGUCUGGUUUUAGCUUAGCUGCUAAAUUAGAUUUCCUCUAUUAAGUGACUCUUUUGAUUCAUUAUGACCA